CAUCUCUCCUCCCCUCUUUGCACCCACCCGUCCUUCCCCAAACACACGACCCAACCAACCCAAACCCAACCCAAUUCUCCAAGCUUCACCUCGCCCUCCCACCCUACUACUCACUGCACUUCACCCAACCCUACCAGCCAUCAACCCGAAAAUUCUUCAACCAUCACAAUCAACACCACAACAACACAAUUUUAUCAUUGUGAAGCAAUAAUCCAUCUCAGUGGAUCAAGCGCUACAUUUUCAUAUCAAUUUUGUCAAUUGUUUAUGCUGUGUUGACAUUGAUCUAAUUUUUGAAGUGGUGGUGCUGCACCUUCUGGCGUUGUUGGUCGGUCCUCCUCUCUCUAUGAGGUUGACCCGACCUCCCACCUAAAAAAGCGUCCAUGUCACGCGCGACAGGCAGGCACACCCGCCCCAAAAAACUCAACGCCAAACAAAAUGUCCAGAUUUUUCGUGAGGAUCAAGUCGAACCUCAACCCGACUAUGAUUCCCAACGAGCUCAGAUAGAAACCGGUGUUGAAAAGGCAGAGGAAGCCGAAUACCAUCUUCAACAAGCCAUCAAGGCUAGCCAUGUUGCAAAAGCAGAUGCAAAGAUCAAAGACGCGUACAUCCCAACUCCACCUACCAUCGCCAGUGAUGUCAAAUAUGAUCUCCUGUAUCCGGCAGGCUUUCAACAGCCUGCCACAUACAUUCGCUCCUCUGCCACUGUCGAAGAUUGUGCCGGAGUGGCAUAUUGCAUGGACGAAGAAGAUGAACUUGCCUUGAAAUUGAUAAACGCAAAGGCGUUAAAUGGCCAACCUGUUUGUUCCGAAGAUCAAUUCGAAGAGGUCAUGAACUUCUUUGAAGAAACUGCCCAGACAAAACAACCUUUUGCCGUGGUCGAUAGUCCACCUGUCUUACCUUUAGAAGAAUUGCAAGAUCAAUUCGAUGACAGCACACCUGCUCAUGUGCGCACAUUUUCCAGAGUCAUCUACGAACACUGGAAAACACGACGCUCAACCACAGGAAACCGUGGUCUCGCCCCUCGGUUGAAGUUUGAGACUGGUGCAGAGACUGAUGACUCGGAUCCAUACGUGACUUUCCGCCGAAGAGAACUCCGACAGAUUCGAAAGACGAGGAAUCGUGAUGCACAGAGUGCCGAGAAACUGCGGAAACUCCGCAUGGAACUCGAGACGGCUCGUGCCAUGUUGAAUGCGGUCAAACGCAGGGAGAUCCUUCGUAAGGAACAACUGGAGCUUGAGCGACUUGUCUUUGAGCAGCGUUUGGCCUUCCGUGACACCAAGAGAAAGCUGGGCAUUAAGGGUGACGAUGAACUUCUCAUCAACCAAAAGAAGCAGAAGGUAAACCCUGCGAUGAAUCCCAAUCAAGCUGCUCUUGCCCAACAACUUCGUAUGCCCAUGGCUCCUGGUACCAGUUCAGAGCUGCGAACUCUGGAGGACGUCACUGCCGCCAAGGAACGCGAGAUGGAGAAGGAGAUCCAGACCAAUGUCGAAAAGCAUAUCCGGUGGAACGAAGGCUUUGUCGAUAAGACGUUGGCACCACUCACCCCCGAAGCCGAACCUGACUAUCUUGAGCCAAUCGACCAUUUCCGAGAAGCCAUUGCCACCAGUAUUUAUCUUCCAACACCGCCAGCUAGUAUUUCGGAUGAGGAAUCCAAUGGCCCAGAAGUGGCGAAUAAGCAGGCCAAGCAUAUCUCGAGGCCACCGACGCCGCCAAUUAGAUAUGCUUCACCUCCCAGCGAAGAGCAUGGUGAAAGCAUGCCGGCUUUUAGGAGGAGAGUCGGUAGAGGAGGUCGGAUCAUGCUCGAUCGAAAGUUUACUCGGCCCAAACGAAGUGCGGCUGAGGACGAUCGGUGGCGUUUCGACUCGGACAAUGAUGAUGACUCCGACACAGACAUGACGGAUGACAGUCUUGCACGAAUGGUGCAACGUGCAUAUCUCAACGUCAGCAGUCGACCGUCGGAAACCCAAGCCCAAGCCAUGAGAAAGGCACAGCUCGAAGCUGGUGGGCCCAGUCAUUCAUCACCUUCAGCCCCCUCGGUGACCAUCACGGCACCAUCUUGACAUGUUCCAAGGAGAGCAUUGUCUGUUUUGAUUUCCACAAGUUGUCGAGAGCACAAUUUCAAAAACUCUCCCCCUCUCAUCUCAGGGCCCAGGGAUCCAGAUUGCUGAGACUGUCAGGGUCCAGGCAACAGCCCAUUUUGCACUCGGCGCCAUGUCUGACUGCUGAUCGGCUAUUGCAAUCCAGGGUGAUAGAACGGCUUAUGUCGGAGUAAGGAUCCCUGAUGAGGUCUGGCAAUCCUAGAACCAUCAGCAUGUAUCUGUGUACAUAGUAUGAACGAGGCCAGCGCCAUCGUCUCAAUCC